AUGGACAAUAAAGCUUCUUACAGCGGUGAAUACACGGUGCCAACUGCACCUCCACCAAUCUACAUCCAUCCUCCCCCAAAAGCGGGUGCACGACAGUCUUAUGGGGAUUCCUCCCUACCAUUCAACUUCCAGCAAGCAGCUGGCUUCAAAGAUCCAGAGGAACAGGCGACAGGAAACAUCCGCUCUAGGCUUCUACAAGGCACACGCCGCACACCCAUAGAUGUCCGCUGGUGUUGCAUCCUCGUCAUUAUCAUUAUCAUGAUCAUAUCGCUGGUCGUGGCCGGCGCAGCUUUCCAUUUUGGACGUGGAGAGUGGAAUUUUACAGGUUCGGAUUACCAGGGCCGAAGGCAUUGCUCGUGGGAGAAUCACUAG